AUGUAUUUUGUGCCGUGGCCCCGGGUGUGGCUUGGCUUCUUUCUCUGGCGCGGGCGUGUCCUGCGUUAUGCCCGCCGCCCGCACGGGAAGGCGCGCGCGUUAGUGUACUGCCGGUGGAGGGCCCGGCGCUUCUUUAUCGGCGCCCGCAGGCGGGCACGCCCCUGCGCGCGAGAAAGCGGCGCGCCCGACAUGGCGCAGCCGGCGAUCGAGUUUGCUUGGCCGCCCUACGGUUGGCUGGCCCUGUUGCCGCUUGCUUGUAAUUUCAUUGCCGCCCGCGCCCGCCGGGUUGGGAGAGUAGCCCCUCACCCUAGACGCGUGUUUUUUUGUGCUUCGAAAGCAUACAAAUGGCGUUAUUUGUUCAGCUGAGAAUCAAUCUGAGGGACGGUCGCGCGGCUGCACGGUGACGAGAAAUUACUCUGGUUUCGUCCUACAAUAACCAACCGGAGAUGCUGAGCGGGAUGCUGCUCCAAUCGUGUGGGCAUCAUGACAAGGUAGACAUACGAAAAAAUAGAAAUUUCAAAAAUAAAUGAUACCAAGCACAACAGUUGGCUUUGCUGCUUAGAUUUGGACUUCUGUAUGGGAGUACGACGCUACAGAGCUUGGCAAACACUCGUUCGCGAAAGAGUAAUAGAAAAGCCUUGGCAAUCCUGCUCACGCUAGUAAGGAACUCAUGUAGAAGCCAAACCCAGUCCUACUAUACUCAUGCGCGUUGUUCGUUGGUUCCGCACUCAGCAGAGAUGCUGCAUUUUGGUCCAGAGCCACGCCACCGCGGGCGCCCAGUGGAAUUUGGGUUUUAACUUGUGAGGGAGAGUAAAAUGAUGAUGAUGAUGAUCAUCAUGAGAGAUCGGAGUUUUCUUUUGUG